AUGCCAAUCACAGGUGUCUACUUCAUCCCCUCACAUCCCAACUCCUCAACCGCCCUGGGAACAAUCACCGAGCGCCUCCGCUCCGCCUACCCCGAUGAAGAGCUCAUCCCCCUCGGCCGCUGGGCCCUAGAACAAAAGCUAAUGCGAGACACCCCAAGUCUCAUCCCCGCCUCUGCCAAUCCCGCCGCAGGAAAACCACGCUACAUGCAAUUCCUCUCUCUAUCCCACUACCACACCCACGGCUUCAUCUACACCUCCGAGCCCCAAGAGAAGCCCUAUCACCCCCCACACGCCCCGGCCGGCGCGAGCCCCAGUCCCGGACCAGGACCGGCAUCAAUGGCUCAAUCCCCAUCUCAGCCGCAAUCCCACUCAACAACUAACAGCGCCAGCAAUAGCUUCACGGCUUCCUCGGACUCCUCGCCGAUGAACAUGACCAUUCUGCCCAUGUCGUCGUUCAGCACAAUGUUUCACCAUUUCACGUACGCGUGCCAGCCCUUCUGGGCCCACCGAUUGACGGUCGCCGUGCCCAACGGCGUGAUCUUCGACGUGGGCGAUUUCCGUGUGCGGGUCGGUGAUGUGCGGCAGACGUUCCCGACUGCGCGUCCGCGUGGAACGGUUAUUGAGAUUGAGUGGCGGGGGCCGACGGUUUUGGAUUCGGUUUUUGCGGCUUCGGGGCUUGAGGGGAAAGGUCGGUUGGGAGUGGAGAUGGAUGCGGAUGUUGAUGCUGAUUCUGGGAUUGAUGUCGAUUUCGCGAUUGAGGAGGAGGAUGUUGAUGCGGAGUAUGUGGCUACUGCGGCUUUGAUUCGUGAGUUUUGGGCUAGGCUGGGGGUCGAGGGGGCUAGGGAGGCGAUUCUUGUUCCUGGGGUGGGGAAGGAGGUUAAGGAGCGGUUGGAGGGGUGGAAGGCGGCGAGGCUGAAGGGUUUGGAUACCGCUGUUGCUGGUGGUGGUGGUGAGCGUGGGGUGGAUGUUGAUGGGGCGGAUGUUGCGCGGCAGUAUAUGGAGGUUUUGCGGUUUAAUCGGUAG